CCUCCAAAAUAUAUGCCUAUGGGUAUAAAGACAUCCUAAAGCCCUACUAACCCUUUGCCCCCAAAUCUCAGGACCCAACACUCUUCUUCAUUUUUUUUGGUUACAUUCACAUACUUCUUCUUCAUACACACAUGGAAGAUGGUAUUCCUCUAAUCACAACUCGAAGGCUAGAGCAACAUAGCCCUGCCUGCUCCAUGCAACUGCCAGAAAGCCCAAAAGUUCCUAUGGAUUUCCUGUCAAGGUCUUGGAGUAUUUCUGCUCUUGAAGUUUCCAAAGCUCUCUCUUGUAUGGCUCCUUCCAACAAGUCUACUAAUAGUAGCUCUAGUUGCACCACUGCUUCUAUACUUGAAGAUAUUACUGGAGAGCCUGAGGAGAUCAUUGCUCGCAGUAAUAAUAGUUCUUCCAACCAGUUCCCUUUCGCUUCUUCUGCUACUUGUCAGAUAGUUCUUGAACGUAUCAUGUCUCACUCAGUGAGUGCAAAUGAAGUCUCGCCAUUGACAUCAGGGAGGCUCUCUCACAGCAGUGGACCAUUGAACUUGGGAGACUCGGACAGCCCUCCGAUUUCGCCCUCCGAAGAAUUUGAUGAUGUGGUUAAGUAUUUUCAGUCACAGAAUACCAUAAAUCCCCUAUUCAAUGGCGGUCGGGCCAGCGCCGGCAACGGCAAUGGCGGUGGUGGUGCUGCCGGUGGAACAAAGACUGUUGGAAGGUGGUUGAAGGAGAGAAAAGAGAAGAAGAAAGAAGAAAGCAGAGCCCAUAAUGCUCAGCUCCACGCUACUAUUUCAGUAGCUGCAGUAGCUGCUGCUGUAGCAGCCAUUGCAGCAGCUACAGCUUCUUCUUCAUCAUCAGGUAGAAACGAGCAGCUAGCCAAGACUGAUAUGGCUGUUGCAUCCGCAGCCACAUUGGUGGCUGCACAGUGUGUGGAGGCAGCUGAGGCAAUGGGAGCUGAGCGUGACCAUCUUGCUUCAGUAGUGAGCUCUGCUGUGAGUGUUCGUUCUCAUGAUGAUAUCACCACUCUUACAGCGGCUGCUGCUACUGCUCUUCGUGGGGCAGCAACCUUAAAGGCAAGAGCAUUGAAAGAUGUUUUGAAUGUUGCAACUGCGUUACCAACAGAGAAAGGGAUAGGGAUUUGCGGUGUAGGGAAUCAUUUGAAUCAUAACAGGAAUUCUAGCGGUGAGCUUGUCUAUGGAGAGAACUUUCUUGGUGCUUGUAAUCUUGAGUUUCUUGCCAGGGGUAGUGAGCUUCUUAAACGCACCCGCAAAGGUGAUUUACACUGGAAAAUUGUGUCUGUUUAUAUUCACAGGACUGGACAGGUGAUGCUGAAGAUGAAGAGCAGACAUGUCGCAGGGACUAUAACCAAAAAGAAAAAGAAUGUGGUGGUGGAUGUGUGCAAGGACAUGGCAGCAUGGCCGGGGAGACACUUGUUUGACGGAGGAGAUCAGCGUCGAUACUUCGGAUUGAAGACAGCAACAAGAGGGAUUAUAGAGUUCGAAUGCAAGAACCAGAGAGAACACGAUAUGUGGACUAAUGGCGUCUCAAAGCUUCUUUGCACUGUAUCCCAAAGGAAGAAAAAUAUGAGCUUGCCAAGACAACGACUAGGCUUCUGAUUAUAUUGGACUGAAUUGUUAAUUCGUUGCUGUGAGUAUUAGGACUGUAGAAGUGAACAAACUAGAUGACUUUCAGGCCUUUUAACCAAGGAAACGAAAGGGGCUACUUUGGGUACAAAAAUUAAAAUAGAGAGAAGAAGUUCAGAUUCUAGUAAGAGACUGUUCUUGUAGGUUGCGAAGAUAUGGUUGCUUAUCUACUACAAUGAAUAACAUAGUUUAUCUCCAUGCGCAAA